AUGAAGUGGUCCACCACUCAUACGAUCUUCGCUACCCUAAUCUCCGCUGUGUCCGCUGAUGCUGGGAUCAAGACUAUGGGCUCGUGGUCGUCGCAUGACCCGUCCUCAGGAGCAGUAUAUUUCUUGACCAAUGAGCCUUCGGGAAAUUACGUUGUUUCGGCAGCCAUCGGUUCUAACGGCAAGCUGACAUUGCACCAAGCUACACCCGCUGAGGGCGUCGGGAGCCAUGGUCUUCCCAACACCGGCGGGGAUCCCUUAUUCUCACAAGGCUCAAUCAAAGCCAGUGCAAGUGGAGGUAUUCUGGCGGCGGUUAACUCGGGCUCAAACACCAUCUCGAUUUUCACCAUCGACAAGCAGAACCCCAGUAGCUUGAAGAUGCUAGGGAAACCUAUUGGAUCGGGCGGCGAAUUCCCCAUUUCAGUGGCUAUCAACAAGGCGGGGAACAUGGUUUGCGCGCUCAAUGGUGGUUCGGUUAGCGGUGUCGCGUGCUUUGCGGUCGAUAGCAAGAAAGCGACGAUUACUCCAAUUGCGAACACCGUCCGCAGUCUCAGUCUCAACCAAACCACACCACCCAGUGGGCAAGUACCUCCGGGUACUGCUAGCCACGUCAUAUUCUCGCCCGACGACACGCAGCUCAUCGUCUCGGUCAAAGGUGUCCCGCCUACUCCGGGCUAUCUGGCCCUUUGGAAGAUCUCUGCAGAUAGCUCAUUGUCCACGCAAUAUAGCGCUCUUAAGCCAGCCAAGGGCGGUCUACUGCCAUUCAGCCUUACGCCAAUCCCAGGGAAAAGCGCAAUUCUAGCGACUGAUCCAGGCAUUGGCAUCGAUAUAUUCGAUUUCAGCUCUCCCGCUAGCAAUGGUGUUGCCGCCGCAGAGUCAUCAGCGUUUACGAUCCCCGGUCAGGGUGCGGUCUGCUGGUCCAGCUUUUCGUCCAAGACAGGCCAUGCUUAUGUUAUCGACGCUGGGAAGGCCCUUGUGUCUGAAAUUAGCCUCGACGCGAACCUCAAACCUUCCAUUGUGGCUCAAUAUUCUCAAGGUGCCGGCGCGGGUACGAUUGACAGCGAGAUAGCCACAGUUGGCAACACGGACUUCCUGUAUGUUCUGGCUGCAAACGCGACUGCCAUCAAGGUUUUGUCAUUGGCGCCUGGCAAGGCGACACCGGUUCAGUCGGUCGACCUUGCUACUCCAGCCAAAUUCGCUGGACUUGCUUUGCAGGGUAGCUACCUACAAGGAAUGACUACAUAUACUAAAGUUCACUGA